AUGUUUACCAAGUACGUGGUACCGACUACUGAGGCUGGGACCAGGAGAGGGUCGGAGAUGCGUAUCAUGUUACAGGCCGAAUCCUACCUGUUCUACCGCCAAAAAUCGCGAUGUCGCCGCGUCAUGACCACCUCACUAACACUGUGUCUUCUGCUCGGCUGCUGCUUGUUAGGUGGUUUCCUGAACAGAUGCCGGGGCGGUUAUGUGGACAUGAGCAUGUUGGGAUACUGGCCGGCUCACGUGACCAGCCGGCUCAUCAUGGCGGUUCCUACAGGACUCGUGGUGGUGAGUGGGGGGUACAGCCUACAGGGGGGGCGGUGCCAUUUCAAAUGCCAUUUGUUUCCGUUGCAGUGGUUGGGGUCCCAGAACUUCCGGGCCGGGCUUGUGGUGUGUCUGAUGACGUGGUUUAGUUUGUACGUGGGGUGGGGCACGUACAUGUCUAUAGGGGACGAUACCACUGGCUACAAUAGCCGUUCCGGUGUGUUUGACUGGGCUCUGGGCCGUCAGAUGCAGAACUGGUCUUAUCCAAGAAGAGUUGUGAGGGACUACACAGGCAUGUCUCUGCGCGGACUGAUAUGGACCACGCCGCAGGGAUACGUCCUGUACCACCUCGGGCUGGGAUGGUGUCCAUCCGCGAGUGGAGCUCUGAUGGGAUUGGUGUACUUCGCCGGUAACCAUGGGAACGUGACGCUGUGCCAACACAGCGCAUGCUCCGAGUACCUGUGGGGCUUCUGGGUGUGGCUGGUCCUGCUGACGUCAUCGCUCUACGGCGCCGUCACCAGAGCGAGGGCGAGUUACCCGGAUGUGCACCCAGAAUCCUCUCUGGUGCCCCCGCCGAGUUCGAAACUGGAGUCGACCUUCUCCAAGGUCGUUUUCGAACUUUUCCACCUCGUCUUCGGUCUAAUUCUCGGGUGUUCAAUCUGUUACUACGCUCUGGUAGAACAAGAUGACUUGAAAAACAAGGGACAGACAUUUUUUGGACUUUUCGCUGGAUUUGCCUUUCUCGUGUCGACGCAGUUCAUGCACUUCGGCAUGAUGAAGAAGAAGAGAGAACGAGCGGCACACAUACACGGCCAGGCACCCAUAGAGGAUGCCGAGUCCACCACACUGUUACUCAGUCCCUCUCCCCCGAUCACAGACGAAAUCCCCACUCCACAUCCCACAUCCAGAAAAAUCUACGAGUUCUUCGAGAUCCACGUAGAGCUGAGCGUUUUUAGAUGGAUCCACCACCUUCUGGGGAUUUUGUCUGUUCUUGGCACGAUCGUAACUCUAGUUCUGACUGUAACGACCCUGGUGUGGAACAUAGAGACUCCAAGAUUCGCGACCGAUCUUUGCAAUUGCACGCUUACUGGCACCUGAAGUUGUUUAGAUGUAACGUAUGUAUCUGUAUCUGUAUAGCCGG